UCUCAUGUAACAUUGACCUACGCGUCCCUAUAUCGUGUCUUCUGCGUCACGUUACUUAUUUCCACUUUGCUGCCUUCAGAGAAAUUUCCUCCCUACCUCAAAGUCUCAAACAUGGGAAAUUCUGGUAAUGGCCUCAUAUAUGUUGAAACUCACCCUCUUCUUCAUUCCAACACUGAACUAAUUAUAUCUCCAACCGAUUAAAAUACUUGGUCCUCAUGUUCAAAUUUGCUUUUCUUUGCUUUGUUCCUUCUUUGUUUCUCCUUUUCACUACUACCUCUAGCAGCCACAACACAUCAUUCUCAAAAACUUGUCCUACAAACCACUGCUCAAAUGGACCUAACAUCAGUUACCCUUUUUGGCUAUCUCAAGGCUCCCCUCCUGAUGAAUAUUGCGGUUACUCAGAAUUCGGUCUUAUUUGUGAUAGUGGAACCAUUUUUAAUCUACCUCCCGGAUUAUACUAUUACGUAAAAUACAUAGACCAUGCAAACCAUAGUCUUAAGCUCGUUGAUUAUGACACUGCAAACCAAGCUUGUCCAAGGGCACUUCACAAAGUUCCCUUGGGAAACCUUCCACUUUUUCACUCACCCUUGAACUUGAACCUUAGCUUUUACUACAACUGCAGUCACUACCCUUCUGGCUUGUCUUCUAUCGAGUGUCUCAGUUCUGGAAGCAAUGAGUCUUUUGUGUUUAUGAUGGGGGAAGAGACCAAAGGUUUUGACUGGUCUGGGAACUGCGAGGCAAACGUUGUGGUGACAGUUAUGAAGGAUCAGAUUACAAGUGAUGGUGAUUUGAUUAAGGAGUUUGCUGGAGCCAUGAAUGAAGGGUUCGUGCUUGAAUGGAAAACAGCUGAGAAAUGCGUCGAGUGUGAGGCUAGUAAUGGUGUUUGUGGCUUUAGUAACACAAAGCAGGAGGUGCUGUGCUUUUGCAAGGAUGGAAGUACAAGAAGCAAUUCAUGUGAAGGGGGAAGCAGCGCCGGUUUGUCAAAAUUUGUUAUAGGUUUAAUAGCUGGAGGGAUUGGAUUUGGAGCACUAUUGAUAUGCAUCCUACUUUGCUGCUUUAGGCGUAGAUUGGCACCAACUGUGUCAAAAUUUUGGAGGUCCAAAAAGAUUGAUCAAGACAUUGAGGCCUUCAUCAGAAAUAAUGGACCUCUGCCCAUAAAAAGAUACUCAUAUUCAGAGAUCAAGAAAAUGACCAAUUAUUUUGAGUCCAAACUAGGACAAGGUGGUUAUGGUGUAGUAUAUAAAGGAAAUCUAAGCAACAACUCUCCCGUGGCUGUGAAGGUGCUGAAUGGUUCCAAAGGAAACGGGGAAGAAUUUAUCAACGAGGUUAUAAGCAUAAGUAGAACGUCCCAUGUAAAUAUUGUUAAUCUACUUGGUUUUUGUCUUGAAGACAAGAAGAAAGCUAUUGUCUACGAUUUUAUGACCAAUGGAUCUCUUGAAAAGUUUAUACUCAACAAGAAUUUUGAAACCAAUCCACCUUUGAGUUGGGAAAGAUUACACCACAUUGCUGAAGGGAUAGCUAAAGGACUAGAGUACUUGCACAGGGGUUGCAGUACUCGGAUAUUACACUUUGACAUAAAACCAAGCAACAUCCUUUUGGACAAAAAUUUCUGUCCCAAAAUCUCUGAUUUUGGGAUGGCUAAGCUGUGCUCAGAAACAAACAGUAUCAUAUCAAUGUAUGGGGCUAGAGGGACAAUUGGGUAUAUAGCUCCAGAAGUGUGGAACAGAAACUUUGGAGGGGUGUCAUAUAAGUCUGAUGUGUAUAGCUAUGGAAUGAUGAUUUUGGAAAUGGUUGGAGGAAGGAAAAAUAUCAGCAUUGAAGCAAGUGAUUCCAGUGAGACAUAUUUUCCUCAUUGGAUAUACAAGCAUGUUGAGGUUGGCAGCAAUGUAGCAUGGCAUGAAGGUAUGACCACGGAGGAAAAUGAAAUUUGUAAGAAAAUGAUUAUUGUUGGAUUGUGGUGCAUACAAACAAUUCCAUCUGAUAGGCCUUCUAUGAGUAGGGUGGUUGAAAUGUUAAAAGGAAGUAUAGAUCAGUUGCAAAUUCCACCAAAGCCAUUCAUUUUUACUCCUAUCAAAACCCAAGUGGAUACUUGUACCACCUCCAGUAGCUGUGAUUAAUUCUCAAUUACUGAAUACUAGAACUUUGGAGAAUUUUUAUUCGAUAAGUUUCCAUUCAGGAAGGCAAUUAUUCACCAAUGCUAUCAAUGAUUCUUUGAAUAGUCUGACAAACUCUUUUCCCAUUCCAGUUUUACAAGGUGUUUCCAUUGAGCGGAAAGUUAAGAAUGGUGAAGAUGAAGUGCCAAUUUCAGUAUAUGAUAUGCAGACUGGGAUAGGAUUGAUGACACCUCUUCAUUUAGCCUUACAUAAAAACCUUAAUUUUUGUUAGUUCAAUUGCGGUGAGGUUUAAAUUCAUAUUUUUCUGAGGCUUUUUAAUGUAUUUAUUAUUUUUUAAAAAGUUAUUUAAAAAAUAAUUCAUCAAGAUGGAGUGGUUUGUACUC